AUGGAAGAACUGAAAAUGGAAGACAUAAUGGAAGGGAAAAAAUUGGAAGAAACAAUGGAGAAAACAAUGGAAGAAAUAAUGGAAGAAACAAAAAUGGCAGACACACCCAUGUGUUUCGUCUGCGAAAGGAUGAUCUCGGAACGGAAGAGGAGCGCGGAUCGAGCUCAGCGGGACUUUCAUCAUCAACUAGAGAAAUGGACUUGGCUAAAUUCACCAAAUUGUAGAGCCUUUGGUGCUUUCAGCCCAGCUGAUAUACCACCAGCUCCCACAGCUCCAGUUCCGCGUCCGCCCCUUUUUCGCUUAGACCCGAGCAGUCUUGAAGAAUGUAUGCUGUGCCUUCGAUCUUUCUGCGAAUGGCACAAAUCAGAGGAAACCAACGGGAUUUGCCAGAUCAACCACGCGACUUAUUGUCGUAAACAUCCAGAGAUUCCGGGGAUCUUCCCCAGUAUGGCGGAUUUGGAAAGACCGAAAGAGAAGAAGAAGGAGAGGCAGAAACGGAAAAGGGAAGAAAGAAGGGAACAGGAGAAUAAAAAGCCGCAACGUGAGCCAGCUCAGACACAGCUGGUAAUGAGGUAA